CUUUUCCGAUCAUAAAUGUAACCACACGGUCAAAAGUUGAAUAUAUUCAACUAUGCGGUAUCGUUUGGUAACUGUCGUGGUAGCCGUGAUUAUUUUACACGACACGGUGUAGCGUGAACCGCCCCUUAGCAUAAAACACGGUUUAAGAUAUACAACCGUGGUAUAAAACAUACUACAUAGUAAAAUAUACUAAAUAGGUAUCGUCAUAGAUAAAAGAUAAUCAUAUUGACAUAAUGACAAGUAUAUAACGUAUUGUACUGUGACAAAAGGAAAAUAUCAUGGUGUUGGUAUACUUAUUUUUUAGUAAUGCAAUUAAUUAUUCUAUGUACUGUUAUCGUUGUACUGUAUAUAAUGUUAAAUAAUAAAUAGUAUUACUAUUUAUAUUAUAGUAUUCCAUUUUAAGCAAAUUGGAUCGUCGGUUAAAUUAUAUUUAAAAAUGGAGAUUUCAAUGGCUUCAACCGACAGUGUUAAAGUGUUGGUUGUUGGAGAUUCGGGUAAUUGUUUUAAUGGCUAUAAUAAUGUAUCAAUAGUGCAAACAAUGUUUACGUUUCCAAAGUUGUGAUCAAUACAUUUUCCAAUGAGUCAUUUUAAAAUAUUUUUUCUUCUGUUGUAAUAUAAAUUAAGUAACUUGGAACUAGGAGUUGGCAAAACAUGUUUAGUGAAUCUCAUGAGUUAUAAUAAAGUGGUAAAAAAUCCUAAAUGGACGGUUGGAGUAACAGUUGAAAUAAAACUGUACAAAUAUAUGGAAGGAACGCCUAGACAACGCAAUUGUUUUAUAGAAAUGUGGGAUAUUGGAGGAAGUUCAAACCAUAAAAAUACUAGAGAUAUAUUUUAUAAUGCUAUUCAUGGCAUCAUUUUAGUAUAUGAUUUAACUAACCUUAAAUCUAGUGAAAAUUUACAUAAGUGGUUGGCAGAAAUUUUGAAUAAAGAUAAUAACUCAAAAUAUAAAUGUACAGAUGGAUUUGAUAUGGAACAACUGGUUGGCUCAAACAGAGUACCUAUUUUAGUCUGUGGUACCAAGUUGGAUAUGGCUCCAGAACGUGGUAAGAAGUCGCCUUCUACUGUCGCUGCAGAAUGUGGUGCUGAUGAAAUAUUAAUUAAUUGUCAUGAUUCAAAAUCAUUGGAAUCAAGUACAGUUGCAUCAUCAAAGUUUAACAACUUUUUAGAUAGAGUAAUACAAACAAAAUAUCCAAUCAGUAACUCUAGUCCAUUUAGUCAAGGCCUCUACUCAAGACAACAUCAAUACCAAUCGUCCAAAACUCCACAGUACCCAGUUACUAGACAAAUAAUUUAUGAUGGUUCACCUACAAUUAGUAAAAAUACAUUUUUCAAUUCUAAAACAAUACAUAAAGACUGAGACAUUUAAUACAAUAAAUUAUACGCAACACUUUAUAAUUUUUUAAUCACAUGGAAAAAUUAUAAUAUUUUAUAACAUAAUAGUUGUUGUAAUGGUUAAGAUCAGAUGGCAAAUUUAGUAGAAAAGAUUCUGGUACAUAGAUCACUCAAUUCAGUUAAGACUGAAAACAAUUAAUUUAUUAGACAACACUAACAAUUUAAUAAAUAAUUAUAUCUAUAAGUGUUAAAAUGGUAAUAUAAGUUUUUUAAUUCAAAUAGAAAAACCCCUUUUUAAAUCA